UUAAAACCAUGAUUAGCAUUUGGUAAAAUGUCGUAGACAGUUCAGUCCCCCACCUAAAACUCUAAAAAGCAUCCCCAACAAUCGAUUUCUUUCUCCAGUGUUUGCUUUUGAACCGCUGGAAACCAAAAGGAAAAUGUCAUCAAACUAUGGACCUCCAAUCUCUUCAGUAGUCAUUUUCACUCGAACACAAUACGCCUCUUCCUUUCUCCAACUCUUUUAUGUCAAGGUGAUCACAUGCCACAUUGCAUUAUCUAAACAAAGUGAGACAUGAGAGGAAUGAGGGGAAAACUUCUCAAGACAUUGAAGUCCAUCCCAACAAUUAGUUCUUUGAGACAUGGCCUGGUGUUUCAGCUAAGCCCCACAGAAAAGAUUUCCAUUCGGAAGACUCAAAGUUUCUCCUCGGAGCUUGUAGUUAAGGAAGCACUCAAGGCUGAAGAUAGAGAAUUGGGGUUCAAUGUUGACGACAAUGGGAAUGUUACGCCACCGUUUUUAGAUUUUGAGGAAGAAACAGACGAGGAGCAAGACCUUCCAUCUUUGUUAGAUUUCGAAGAGAAAUGUCCACCCGGGGGAGGCGAUUGUGUCAUUCUUUACUCGACAAGCUUGACAGGUAUCAGAAAAACAUUCGAGGACUGCAAGGCAAUCCGGUUUCUGCUCGAAAGUUUCAAGGUAACGGUGCAAGAGAGGGACGUUUCGAUGCACAUAGAAUUCAGGGAAGAGUUGUGGAAGAUGUUUGAUACUAAAGUGAUCCCACCGAGGCUUUUCAUCAAGGGGAGGUACAUUGGAGGAGCUGCUGAAGUAGUAGUGCUUCAUGAGCAAGGAAAGCUGAAGAAGCUCUUAGAAGGAAUCCCACUAGACUUGUCUGAGUCGCCAUGUAGCAGCUGCGCCAACAUGCGUUUUGUUGUGUGCUUCAAUUGCCAUGGAAGUCGAAAGGUGUUUGCAGACGGUGAUAAUGUGAAUGAUGAACUGCACGUUAGAUGCGCAGAGUGUAACGAAAAUGGUCUGAUCAGGUGUUCCAUCUGCUGCUGA